AAUGACGACAAACAAUGCCUCGCAGAGGCCGCCUUUGGCCGGGGUGAAAGGCAAGUAGCAAACCGACUAAUGUGUGUAUACCUGUAUAUGAAGUUAACAAUUAUGAUAGUCCUCGAACUGGCUGGCACUGUUAUAACACCCUUCACCGGCAUGCUUCUGGCUGACCUUGGUUGUGAGGUUGUCAGAGUAGACGCGCCAGUAAAGUCGAAGCGAAGUCCGUGGGUGGACUCAUUAUGCCGCCGCAAAAAAUCAGUGGUAAUCGAUUUCAAGUCGCCGCCGUCACGCCAGGCUUUCUUUGAUCUGCUACAGGCCGCCGAUGUCUUGAUCGACCCGCAUAGACCUGGUGUAUCCGACCGCAUGUUUGGCAUGAGUGUAGAUGAGAUGUGUCGACGAUACCCCAGGCUGAUAUAUGCCCGCGUGACUGGCUUCGCCCGCGAUGAUAAGAUUUAUGGUCAAACCGUCGGCCAUGAGAGUAAUUAUAUGGCAGUUUCGGGUGGACUACCGGCACUACAUCAUGUGCACAGCAAGGCUGGUAUCUUGUCCAAACCGACGACGAAUUACUUGGCCAACUUUGGUGGCGGUGGUAUGGCAAGUAUAGUUGGCAUAUUGGCCGCGAUUGUCCAUCGGGCGGCGUCGGGCAAGGGCCAGGUUGUCGAUGCUAGCGUCCAGCAGGGUACCGCCUAUAUGGCGACAAUCCAGCUCCAGAGAAGAAACGGCCAGCCAGAAGGUGAGCCAUCACUUGACAUCAAUGACGCUCCGUACUCGGAGGUCUACCGCACUUUGGACGGAAAGUACAUGAUGGUCGUCUGUGUUGAGGACGUUUACUACAAUCGAAUGAUCCGACUGUUAGGGCUGGACCACAUGGCUAUCCCGAGCCGUGAAGACCGGAGUAACUGGCCCGUGUUGAAAGAGCUACUCGCUGAGAGAUUUGGCUCCAACACGCAAAGGCAUUGGAGAGACGUGUUCGACGGUACCCAGGCUUGUGUCAGCCCCGUCUUGGACGCUGAGGACAUUAACUCUUCUCAACCAUUGGUACAGCUGAGCGAGACGCCAUCGCUCCCGCCGACAGACGAAGCUGGAAGGAUUCCUCAACUGGAGCCAGGAGAGGGCUGCGAAGAGAUUUGCCAGAGCUGGCUGGGACCAAGGAGUACAUUGGAGCCGGCCGGUCUUUUAGUUGAUAGCUCGAGCCGCGUCCUGAGCAGGCGGACUUCCACAGCGGGCUUGGUCGCCGAAGAACCCUUUUACCGGAUGCGGCGAAAGCCACUUGCCGGCUGCAGUCUGGAGCACACAAGUACGAAGCCACGGCUUCAAACUGAGCAAGUGAUUAUUGUCAUAGGCGAUUCGCAUCCGGACUGUGUCCUCCCAUGCUACGGCUAUACUGCACAUUUUGCGCCAUACUCAUACGACAUAUCGCCGAACAUCGGCUGGCUGCAUCAUUCUGAGCGCGCCGCCCCCGCAUACACAGUUCGCCACGGCCCCUCAAUCGCCACGGCUAGGGACCCACGAAAGAAACCAGAUAGCCAAGAAGAAGAGGCUUAUAAAAAGAAGAACAAGAGAAAAAUGAGCGGACCAAGCACGCUCGAGGUCGAUUGCCUGUAUGCGCAGUCAACUUUUGCUGAACAAGAACCCGCAGGUUAUGGCGCCCCGUCAUUGCAGAGCUUCAGUUACGAGAACGGCCGCCGGUACCAUGCUUUUCGCCAGGGCUCGUACAUGAUGCCCAACGACGAGAAGGAACAAGAACGGCUCGACCUUGCUCACCACAUCUUCAAGCUGGUCUUGCGCGGCCGGUUGGGACGAGCAACCUUUCCCUCGCCGCCGCGCCACGUGCUCGACUUUGGCACUGGCACCGGGUCGUGGGCGAUCGAGUUUGCCGACGAACACCCAGACUCCCACGUGGUGGGAAUCGAUCUGUCGCUCAUCCAGCCGGGAUGUGCGCCGCCAAACUGCCGUUUCUUCGUCGACGAUGUCGAGUCCACGUGGACGUAUGACUCCAAAUUCGACUAUGUCCACGGACGGGGCAUGGCUGGGUCCAUCAAAGACUGGGCCACCCUGCUGGAACAGGCAUAUGCGAACCUCAACGAGGGGGGAGCCAUUGAGCUGCAGGAAUAUGAAACGGUAUACAAGUCAGACGACGACACUUUGACCAGGACGCCUGCCAUUGCUACAUGGCAACAGAAAUUGAACGAGGCCGCCGAACAAAUUAAUCAACCGCUAAAUAUGGCUCAAACUAUGAAACGACGGCUGGAAGACGCCGGUUUUGUGAAUGUGCGUGAUGAUGCAUACAAGGUUCCUGUUGGCCCAUGGCCGAAAGAUCGACGACUCAAGGAAAUCGGAUACAUGAUGCUUUUCCACUGUCUGGAGGCACUGGAUGCGUUUACACUGGCACCAUUCAGCCGUGUUCUGGGCUGGUCCAGAGAGGAAAUGCGCCAGCUGACGGAAAGAGUCAAGGGCGAAUUUGUCAAUGGGAGCAAUCACUUGUAUGUGAUUGUCCAUUACAUCCACGGCCGGAAGCCGGCGGCAAAAUGA